AUGGGAGAUGCGACAGCAAACUGCAGUAGCCCUCAGUCACCAUCCGCCAAGGCCAACGAGAAAAGAGAAAUGGCCAUGGCGACCAAGGAUGACGGGCCCAGGGCGCCUCUAGACUCUGCCAACUCCAGCAACAUUUCCCACAAGGAGCCCCAGGUCGCCCCCUUCUCUUCGACAAUCCAAGGGGGUCUCCAGGAGGGACUUCAGAUCGCUGUCCGUGGAAUUGUUUUAACCUCCAGUGGAACCAGGUUUGCUGUGGACUUUCAGACUGGCUGCAGUGACAAUGACAUUGCCUUCCAUUUCGACCCACACUUUGAAGAGAACAGGUAUGUGGUCUGCAACACGAAGCAGAAAGGAAGCUGGGGGUCAGAGGUGAGGAAGAUGCCACUACCCCUUCAGUGGGACAGUCCCUUUGAGUUCAGCUUCCUGGUGCAGAGCUCAUGUUUCCAGGUGGUGGUGAAUGGGAGCCUCUUUGUGCAGUACACACACCGUUUGCCCUUCCAUGGCAUGGACACCCUCUCUGUCACUGGCCCUCUGCAGCUGUUCUCCAUCAGCUUCAGGUCAGAUGGGAUCAGGCCAGCCAACCCUGCUCCCAUUUCCAGUCUCACUCUCUCUUCUGACCCUCUUCAUUUUGGUUCUUUCUGUGAGUUAAAAGGAGGAGGCAGGACUCCCACAAUCCCUCCUAUGGCCUAUCCCAACCCAGCCUAUCGGUAUCCAUUCUUCACCAGCAUCCCGGGUGGGCUGUACACCUCCAGGAGCAUCAUGGUGUUGGGCACCGUCCUGCCCAGUGCUCAGUGGUUCCACAUCAACCUGCACUCUGGGAGUGACAUCGCCUUCCACCUGAACCUCUGUUUCGAGGAGAACGCCGUGGUCCGCAACACGCAGAUCAACGGCUCUUGGGGGCUUGAGGAGAAAAUUCUGCCUGGAAAAAUGCCCUUCACCUGAGGCGGGAGCUUCUCUGUGUGCAUCACCUGUGAAGCCCACUGCCUCAGGGUGGAUGUGGAUGGUCAGCACCUGUGUGACUAUGAAGACUGCCUGCAGAACCUGCCCAACAUCAACAAGCUGGAUGUAGUGGGGGACAUUCAGCUGACCCAUGUGCAGACAUAGGCGGGAUCCCUGGCCUGGGCUCGAGGGCUGGGGCACGUUGCUGUCUGGAUCUGCUCAUCAC